CGUAUCUUUCUAGUCUUUUCGAAGAGAAGCUCAUUUUCUCAACUUCCUCUCGCGUCUUGCAGAUCCCUCUCUCCCUCCGAGUAUGCUCCAACCUCAUUACACGGAGUCGCCAGAGCGCAAAGCAUCUCUCCUCCGUGUGAUGUCACUGGGGACUCGAUCCAAAUACCCCUCGGCUUCUUUUGCUAUUGACAGUCUCUGUCCGCACUUAUCACAAUCAGCUUGCCCCGAUCCCUGCAACCGCUCUCGACCUGCCACGCGAAUGGUGGCACACCCGGAGACUCGCUUUGACGCUUACUUAGUGUCUGCUUUCAGCGGUCUCGAGUGUCACCACAACUUGUGUGUUUCCUCACCAGAAUGGCGUUCAGUAGCGAUGUCGGCAGCAAAUCACUCAAGCCCCGUUCACGCGAAGGUCUGCAGCUGAGACCCCUGAAUGUUGAGAAAGGAACAGAUAGAUUUUCUUCUGCAAAUGAUAUUUAUCCUCCACAAACAGCGACAUGGAGAAACAAUCUGAUUGCGCUGUCGCAGCGUCGCAAUCUGCUCUUCGUCGCCUACAACCAUCAAAUCUAUGUCUGGCAACCUGCAGGGUCUUAUCAGACGCUAGGCAACAAGCCUGAGAUGAUUAUCACCCCAGUCAUGCGAGAGCCCAAUGCUGAGGGCUAUAUCCUACCGUCAUCUCCUCAUGCAAUCAACAACAUUCUCGUCGACGACUUGGGCCGUGAGGAGGUGUUGCUACUUGUCACUGACUCGGGCAACGUCUGCGGUUAUCGGGUUGAGGCUGUGUACUCGGCGCUGAAGCGAGCAGAGGAGGGUAACGAGAGUCGGCCCCUCGAUGGUUCACAGGUUGACCCGUUCUUCGCCGAAUAUGUUGAAGCCAGUGCCUGGGGCUUGGCCAUUCAUAAGUUCGCCCGUCUGAUCGCCGUGACCGCGAACACAGGCCAGGUCACGGUUUUCGCCUUCGCCCUGGUCGACUCUACCUCUGAUAAGAGCAGCGAGUCUGAUUGCGACCCGGAGGAAGAGGAUGAUCUUGCCGACUACGGUCAAACCUGGCUGCAAGUCAAAAGCGGGGAGCAGCUGGCCCAGCUACGGCACUUGAUGCCGCACAAACACCGAACGCGGAAUAUCAGGUUGACAUACACAGGCCAUUUCGCCAAUAUCCCAUCAGUUGGCUUUUUGAACUGUGAUCUCGAUCCCAAUGGGAUGUGGAUGGUCAGCACGGAUAUUGACAACAAGCUUCUCGUCUGGAAAAUCUGGGAAAGUCUCGGGCCCUUUAAUGUCUACCACUUUAACGACGUCUCGUUUAAGUCAUUCCCGGAAUCAUUGCAUCUGGAAGAGCGUGGCUGGGCGGUACUCGCUUUGGACCCUCGGAGCUUUCAUUUGCUGAAGUCUCCGGAAGAAGCAUGCGGCGGGCCCCCUCAACGGCGCGUCAAAAAUGGCCAAGCAGUAUACGACUUGACAAGAAUGAACAGCAAGAUCCCAAAGGCUUCUCAGAUAUACAAUUAUUUUCCGCCUGCGCCUAAGAUUGAACCGAAACAGCCGCUGCUGCCCGAUAUUUUCGGACCAGACUGUCGUAUCAACAGAUCUGCUGAUGCCUAUCACUGUCUCAUCACAAAUAGCUCACAAGGGACCCCCCGUUGGAAUCAAAGCGAAGACUCGAUCGCAGAGCUCCGACGACUGAAUGUCCCGUCUGCAGCCAUUCGACCUUCAGACUCGGCUGAUGCGUCCAGCUACCGCGCCGUAGACGGCUCUGUCUUUGAGGACAAUCUAAGCCAGGACGGCAUAUCUGACACGGAGCUGAGUACGGGACCUCUUGACACCCAGGGUCAACAGAAUGACGGCACGCCUUUCCCUGCCGGUCAAGCCCCGUUGACGACGCCGGAGUUCCUCCAAUUCGCGCUUCUCGAAGCACUUGGCGGUGAUGCUCCUGGAGCCGAGUAUAGUGAUGAUGACAUGGAAGACUACUCCGAAUCCGAAGAUGACUGGCACGGCGAGCGGGAUUACACUGGACUGGACGAUGCCGAGUCAGACGAAGCGUCUGCGAUGGCAGCCCGAUACCAAGUCUUUGACCGUGCGUCUGGCCCUGCUCUAGUCCCCGACCCACAUGCAGUCGCUAACACUUCCGCAGCGCCCAUGAGCUCCAAUUUUCCAAUCCUCCAUUUUUCUCAAACCGACAUUCGCCUAAUCCCUCACCCCUUUGCCACGCACGCUAAGGUCGUGUGCGGCGAACCUCUACGGCAACCCUUCACACACCCCAUUGUCUCCAUUCGGUCCUGCGAUCGCUUUAACAUGGUCAAGUAUAUUCCCGAGCACGGAAUCGUCGUCGCAGCGUCUCAAAAGGGGCGUGCGGCCAUCAUAGCCCUCACUGAGUCCGAGGCGACAGGACAAUCCUUCCGCGUCGACUGGAUUGUCCCCUUCGAGCAUCAAGAGAAAUAUGGCGACCGUCCUCUGAUCCCCCUCUUGGGUAUGACCGUAGGUCCGGUGCAGGGGUUCGAGAUGCCUCCCGACGUGCCUUAUAUUCCACGUGACGUAAGGAACAACGACCUCACGUUUCGAUAUAAGCAUUCGAACCUCAGCAUGAGCCCUCAUGAGCAGCCGGAUCCUGCUUUGGUCACGGAGAGACGAGCGAGUAGCAUAUCACAACCCCCGAGACAAACUUCCACCCUCCGCCCGAGACCUUCUCACCAGCGCCAACUCCGAAGAAAAUGGUCUGCUGUUCACGGGCACGAUUCACAUCCGUCUACCGCGUUCGCCCCCACCGCAUACGAAGAUCCCACGUCAACUUCGAGUUCCACAAUACCCCAGGCCUCAACCUCAUCUACCUCCCCCACUACUACUCAACGACCAGCCAGAUCAUCGUCCAGCAACCCCUUUACCCUUCCCGAAUGCCACGCCCUUGCUACCCGCGCCUACUACCCCGAAGAAAGCUGGCGCGGAUGGAACCCCUCUCGACGGUAUCGGUUAAUGCUCAUGUACGCCGAUCACACACUGAUGAGCUACGAGUUCUGGUACAGCUGGAAUACGACAGGAGGAAACAGCGGGACGGGGGAGGAUGAAGUGGACGAGGUGUUGUUUGUCUAGGUUUAGCUUUCCGCAGUAUAUUAUUUCAAUCUGUC